UGACUUUCCUUCUUCAGGUUGUAAACUAAAAAAAGCUUGUGGCGGCUUCCUAAAACCCUAAUCUUUCCACUUCCAUCUAUCUCUUCCUUCAUCUGUGAGAAGAACUAAUAGAAACGAUGACUAAGAAGAACAACAACGAGGAAGAAGGAGAGUUCGUUAGCUUUGGUCACAAUCUAAACACGAAGAUACGUUUCGAAGACGAAGCUGCACAAGGCUCCGGUGAAGCAGCAGCACAAGAUGAAUCCAUGUGCGACGCCGCCGUUGAGAGCACUGAUGAUACCACAAGCGCUGAUUACUACUUCGACUCUUACUCUCACUUUGGGAUUCAUGAAGUAAGUAAUCUUUUGCCAGAUUCUUCCAUAGUAAUUGAUUAUCUGAUUCAAUUGAGGAUUGGUAUCUGUUACAGGAGAUGUUGAAGGAUGUAGUGAGAACAAAGACUUAUGAGAAUGUUAUUUACCAAAACAAGUUUCUUAUAAAGGACAAAGUUGUUCUUGAUGUUGGUGCUGGCACUGGUAUCUUGUCUCUCUUUUGUGCCAAGGCUGGUGCUAAACAUGUCUACGCUGUUGAAUGUUCUCAAAUGGCUGACAUGGCUAAAGAGAUUGUUAAAGCCAAUGGUUUCUCUGAUGUUAUAACGGUAUUGAAAGGGAAGAUUGAGGAGAUAGAGCUUCCUACUCCUAAAGUUGAUGUAAUCAUAUCUGAAUGGAUGGGUUACUUUUUGUUGUUUGAAAACAUGUUAGACAGUGUCUUAUACGCUCGCAACAAAUGGCUUGUUGAUGGUGGCUUUGUGUUGCCUGACAAAGCCUCUCUGUUUCUUACAGCCAUAGAGGAUUCAGAGUAUAAAGAAGACAAAAUUGAAUUUUGGAACCGUGUGUAUGGUUUUGACAUGUCAUGCAUCAAGAAAAAGGCUAUGAUGGAGCCGCUUGUUGACACAGUUGACCAAAACCAGAUUGUCACUGAUAGUAGACUACUUAAGACGAUGGAUAUCUCAAAGAUGUCCUCUGGUGAUGCUUCCUUCACAGCUCCCUUUAAACUAGUUGCACAACGUAAUGACUACAUCCACGCACUUGUAGCCUACUUUGACGUGUCGUUUACCAUGUGCCACAAGCUUCUAGGUUUCUCAACAGGACCAAAAUCACGGGCUACGCACUGGAAACAAACAGUCAUGUACCUUGAAGAUGUGUUGACGAUAUGUGAGGGUGAGACAAUCACUGGGAGCAUGUCGGUUUCUUAUAACAAGAAGAAUCCUCGAGAUGUUGACAUUAAGCUAAGCUACGCUUUGGAUGGUCAGCAUUCCAAGGUCUCAAGAACUCAACACUACAAAAUGCGUUGAAGCUCUCUCAAAAUGAAGCAGAGCUUUAGACUGAAACUGAGAAGCUACAGUUUCUCAAAUUGUGAUAUUUGUUUUUGUAUUUUUUUUUUUCUUUAAGUUUUGCAACAUUCCCUUUGCUUCACAGUUUACACUGCUACAUUUGUCUUCAUGCUUCUGAGUUUGAGAUUAAUGUUUUUCCCCUAAACCAUCAUCUCUUGUAUGUGUUUGUCUUGUGUUACAGAACUGGGUGCUGGUCAACGCUUAAGUGACAUGUUUG